GCAAGUGUACUUUGUUUAUGUUAAUAGAAAGGGCAACUCUUAAGAAAAAGAAUCUCUUAUCUUCGUUUCGCUUCUUCCUCUCAUUCGUUUUAUCUGAUCCCUGUUGUCGGUUACUGUAAUCCGAGAAUUGCUCAUUUGCUUACAUCACAAGCUACUUCUAUAUACUUUCUCAAUUCAAUUUACAAUCACUUCUUUUUUCGUUUCAGAUCCUUACCUAUUUUUCGAUCUUUUACACUUCCAUUUAGGAUUAUUUUUUUGAUUCUGAGAAUAUCUGCGGAUAAAUUCGUGAGAAUCAACUGAAGCUUCUAUUAUGUUUAAGCUGUGAUCGGUGAUUGAAUAAGUUAUUUGUUUGUUGAUCGGUGUGAGAUUGUGAUUUGGUGGCUUUCAGGAUAUGAUCAAUUUGUUUAGUUUUUAUUGAUUUUGGCUAGGACUUUGAGGACUUAAGAAAAUGGGAUCAUUACAAGGACCUGUUAUCUGCCCUGUUGUUCGUGCCAAACAAGCAGGACUUUACACUUUGCCUGUCAAUGGUCCUUUGAUGAAAACUAGAAUUUUUAGAAAUGAGUUUUGGGGAUUCAACGGAUUCAGUGGUAGCAAGACCAAGGUGAGUGUUUUUAGUCGGCAACUAAAGGCGCAGAAGUGCAAAACCGUGCAGUGUAGUUUCAGUUCUUCCUCGAAUGGUAAUGGAAGCAUGGCUGAGAACUUCAAUGAAAACGAUGAAGAUUAUGUCAACUCUAGUAUCGUUGAAGCUGUUGAGGUGAGGAGUGGAGCAGAUGGUUUUAUGAUCAAAAUGAGGGAUGGUCGGCACUUAAGAUGUGUCCAUAACAACCCUCAGGGUGGACAUCUACCAGACUAUGCUCCUCAUCCUGCAAUUGUAUUGAAGAUGGAAGAUGGGACUGGUCUUCUUCUCCCAAUAAUUGUUUUAGAGAUGCCAAGUGUGUUGCUCAUGGCAGCAAUUCGCAAUGUACAAAUUGCUAGGCCAACUCUGUAUACAGUGGUUAAGGAGAUGAUUGACAAGAUGGGCUACGAAGUAAAACUUGUUAGAGUUACCAAGAGAGUGCAUGAAGCAUAUUUUGCACAGUUAUACCUCACAAAGGUAGGUGAUGAGACACAGAGUGUCAGCUUUGAUCUUCGACCUUCAGAUGCCAUCAACAUUGCCGUGAGAUGCAAGGUUCCAAUACAAGUAAACAAGUACUUGGCAUAUAGUGACGGAAUGAGGAUUGUUGAAUCUGGCAAACUGUUAACACAGUCCCCUGCUUCAGAUGGUUUAUUAUUUACUGAACUGGAUAGGCCUAGUGGUCAGCCUUGUCUUGAUACAACGGAGUUUAAUCUUGUGCGCAACAUGUUGAUAGCUGCUGUUGAGGAGCGUUAUAGAGAUGCAGCACAAUGGAAAGACAAGCUUGGUCAACUUCGUGCUAAAAGGAACUUGAGGAAAUUUACAUGACAGAUGCUUCUAGAGAAUUUAACUUGUAAAUAGAAAACAUUGUUGGAAGCUGAAUGAGAUCGGUCACAUACAGCUUAAAUUAGUCAUGUAUCUAUCUCUUUCCACCAAUAUGUAUGUAGUACGUUGUGAAUAUAUAUGUAUAGAUAAACAUCCCGCCAGUUGUAAUGUUGAAGUACUUGACAUCAGUUCUGCUUAUUAUUCAAGCUGCUUAUGCAACAGCUUAUUGGCUGUUCUUUCAGCAAGGUGUUUCCUGUCUAAUUUUCACUGUGUUUUACUUGACAAGCAGGUGUACCAGACUGUGAUUUCUGCUUAAUUCAUGAUUGUUUAAUAUA